GACAGUGCGGGAGAGAGAGGUGCGUUGCGAUCAAUGGAUACUGUUUGGAUGAUAAAUCUCGCGUAAUUUGUGCUUUAAUCGAGAAGAAGAAAACAAAAACAUAGAAACCCGUCAUCUUCGCAUCGACACACGUGUGAUGUAAAGAUGGAGAAAGUGCUGCUGUCGCUUCUCUUAGUGGGCGUGGUGGUGAGGCUCACCCACGCCCACGUCGCCCUCACCUUCCCGCCCGCCCGCAAGUACGACCUGGACUUCCUCGACUCCGCCAGGACCCCGGGCCCCUGCGGAAUGCCCAAAGGAGAUGUCAGCACCACCUUGUUGCAAGGAUCCUCCUUCAAUGUGUCGUGGCACCUUGCUUAUCCUCAUCAGGGCGGCUUCCGGCUGGAGCUGAUGGACGCGCAGGAGCGGCCGCUGGCGGACCUGACGCCCGUCACAGCCGACUCCAAGUUCCUGGCCGAUGACACGACAGCCCAGUCGUUCAGGGUCAGCCUGCCCAAGGACCUCGCAUGCAAGGGCUGCACCGUGCGGCUGAUCCGCGAGGCGAGGGAGUGGGGGAAGUCCUACAAGUUUUGGUCUUGCUCCGAUGUGGACAUUGUGCCUCGCAAUGACUACCGCGAGGACUGCAGCGGCCGCGGGAAGUACAUCGUGUCUCGGUGCCACUGCAACAAGCGCUUCUUCGGCAAGCGGUGCCAGUUCGAGAACGAGUGCGAGGACGACGACGACUGCGGUUUCUUCGGCAAGUGCGUCGACAUCGACUCCACUUCGUUCCCCAAGAAGCAGUGCUAUUGUCAGCAGGGACGAUUCGGACCUAAGUGCUCGAAAGCUUCUUUGGUCACCAACCGAGGUCAGAUCAACCUGGGAUCCUACAACAAGAGGGAACUUAGUGAUAAGCUGUCCCUGCACUGGAAAGUCCUGCGUUCAGAGGGAGAAAUUGAGAUCGUGCUCGUCAAUAAAGGCAACUCGUACGUCGCUUUGGGCUGGAGGCCUCAGGAUGCGACCAAGACGUGCCAGCAGUUCCCUUACAUACACGGCACUGUGAAGGAAGGUGCCUCAUGGGCCCAGUCAGAACCGGAGCCAGAGGCGGAAGCUGAACCUGAAGCUGAACCAAAGGCUGAAGCUGAACCGGAAGCUGAAGCCGAACCGGAAGCUGAAGCUGAACCCAAGGCUGAAGCUGAGCCAGAAGCUGAAGCCGAACCGGAAGCUGAAGCUGAAGCCGAACCGAAAGCUGAAGCUGAAGCUGAAGCUGAACCGGAGGCAGAGGCAGAACCAGAGGCAGAAGCAGAGCCAGAGGCUGAGGCUGAACCAGAACCUAAAACACCGUCCAAAUAUGAGGCUCAUGCAGAACCUGAGGCAGAACCAGAGGCUGAAGCUGAACCGGAGGCUGAGGCAGAACCAGAAGCUGAAGCAGAGGCAGAGCCAGAAGCUGAAGCUGAAGCUGAACCAGAGGCUGAGGCAGAAGCUGAAGCUGAGCCAGAGGCUGAGGCCGAACCAGAGGCUGAGGCCGAGCCAGAGCCAGACACAAAAGCAGAGACCACGAGGAAGCCCACACUCAGCCUGGCUGGUGAUGUUAUCGAAGAUCGACUUUCUGGUCUUCUUGUGCCAAGUGGUAGAAGCAAGCGCAGUGCUCCAUCGAGGAGGGCACGUUUUGCGGUUCCACUCCUCAAGAGUGUCGAGAAACCACAGAAACUGACCGGAGAAACUGAAGCCAUGGUUGGUCACGAAUCAGAGCCUGAAGCAGAAGCCGAGGCCAAAGCCGAGCCAGAAGCCGAAGCCGAAGCCGAGGCUGAAGCAGAAGCAGAAUCAGAGCCGAUCAGCGGCGCGUCCCCCUUCGUGCCGCGCGGCAACCUCCACGCCAUGGACUGCACGGACAUCGUGAUCGGCAGCGCCCGCGGGAACCUCUACCGAAUCGGCGACUACUACACGCGCGACCGCUCCACGCCCCGCACCGACGAAUUCUGGGGCGGUGAAGACUCCCUGACGGCGGCGCUGGGCUGGGAGGUGGACGGGGAGACCACCAUCGUCUUCAGAAGGAAGCUCAACGGUUCCCACCCGACCGACUACGCGAUCACCAAUUCUCUGAUGCACGUGAUCUGGGCGCGCGGGCAGGAGCAGGGCAUGUACGUGCACACGCCCCGCUCCGGCCUGGAGGAGGGCGUCGCCAGCGUCCCCGACUUCUACAAGCCCGACGAGCUCAAGUACCACGGCAAGAAGGGCCAGAGGGGCGUGCUGGCGCUCAACUUCUUGGAGAGGAAGAGCGACCCGACGGUGGCGGCGGAGGAGAUCAACUGGUGCGGCAACCACUGGCGUUACCCGCAGGGCUGCACGCCCGGCCAGGACUGCGAGUACUACGUCCGCUGGGAGUACCUCGAGCAGACAGAUGACAUCAAGUUCACCAUCCAGACCACGUUCACCGACCGCUGGACGGGCAUUGGCUUUUCCGAUAACACGAGGAUGCCCCUAACUGAUGCAGUGAUCGGCUGGGUGGAGAACAGCGGCCGCUCCUUCAUUUUCGACGCGUAUGUACGAGGGUACUCGGUGCCCAUCGUUGACCCGUCGCAGGGCAUCAAGAACGAGACUGGCAAGAUCGAGGACGGGGUCACGACCAUCAGCUUUCUGAAGAAGAGGACGUCCAAUGACGUGGAAUAUGACCUGAACUUCACAGACGAGAAGUGCCUGUACCUGGUGUUCCCCAUCAAGGGUGGAAUCAUCAACUACGUGUCCAAGAAGGUCCGCAAGCACGAACGCACGCCGGCAUUCUCCACAGAGCGUAUCUGCAUCAGGCCCUGCAGCAAGUUUGGCGGUGUUGAUGGAAAGCCCUUCGUGUACACCACCACACCUCGUCCUCCUCUGUUGCACUAUGCUGUGGAAUUGAAGCUGGUUGAAGUAGGUGAGAAUUUCGAGGUGCCACAGCCAGGAACUGUUUCCUGGACAAGCAUCACAGACAGAAUCAAGAGGUCUGUUGAGGGUGCCAUUCAGGAUAUCCCCGGAUACCAGGCAGCAGAAGUAACAAAACUCACUGAUGAAGGGGACGGCAAAGUCCUGGCAGAACUUCAAGUUGUGUUGGACAAGAACUCCCAUGAAGACGGACUUGCGGAGAGUGCCCACCCAGAAGGUGAGACAGAAGAAGAACCCAUGGUGAAGACAGUCUUAGAGAAAUCUGUCAAGUCAGGAAAUAUAGCUGGUCUCCUCGUCGAUCCCAGCUUCCUCCAAGUGAAUCAGCUGCGAGAGGUCUCUGAAGCCACAAGAGAGGAGAAUGUGACUGGGUUAGCUGGGCAUAAUGGAGCUAUCAAAUUCCUUGAAGACCACAAGCUCUGGAUCAUCUUGGGCGUUGUUGGUGCACUGCUCUUGCUCACCAUCAUUCAGGCUACAAUCACCAUCCAUAAAAUCAAGAAAAACAGAAGCCCACCUGUGAGUACCAAGGAGCGUCUCAUCACCAAUUCAGGAUGGAAGGACUACAGUCAGGGCAACAUGAACUACGCAUAUGACAGCUUUGAGACAGAGGAGAACGGUGUCAACUCCCGGCGUCAGGGAGCCAAUGGGUCCCUCCGUCCCAGUGCCCCACGGGGCACCUAUGAACGCUCCAAUGGCCACAGCAAUGGCUAUCCGGGGGGCCCCAAUGGCCAUCCCGGGCACCAUCCUGGGCACCAUCCUGGGCACCAUCCUGGUGGCUAUGGAGGGGAUACACGCUCCCUUCAGCGCCCCAGGAAUGCACCUCAGAGCAGGCCGGAUCCAAGAGGCACUUAUUCCCUGCCACGAGGAUCAACCACAUCAUCUCUGCCCUCAUACAACACCGCCAUGCAAGACAUGACCCCUGACUUCUACUACCUUCCCUCACAGCGCAAGUACUCUGGUGAGGUUGUCCGCGUGUAUGUAGAUUACAACCAGUCCAAAUAAGGCUAUUAAUGCUUGACCUAUUGAUAGGUCAUGUUGAUUGCAAUUUUUGGGGGAGAUUAUUUGGUUCAUGGCCGAUUAGUGAAACUGGUUCUUACUUUGUUUUUAAUUCCUUUUUAUGAUUUCAUUUGUAUAUUUAAGAGAAUGUGUACUUAUACUGAGUGAUUAACAUUUUAAAAAGUGGUUUGUGAUGCUUAAUGCCACAUUGCAUUAUGUUACAAGUAGAACCUGGUUGGUGUUUUAUGAUGGAGAUUUUAGCUACCUGGAUUAUAUGAAAAGUGCACACAAUAUUUUGUAGAAAUUUUCCAAAUCUCUCUGUAAUGCAGUAGGGUGAGAAAAUGUUCAAGUAUAUUCUUGUUCUGUGCUGAAUAUUUCUUAUACUACUAAGGUUUUACCUGUAUACUCGGUGUAAAAUAAAAAAAGUGACUUAUAUUCCUUGACAACUCUUUGUUGUUAUUAAAAGGGCAAAUGAAUAUUCUACUUUUCUCUCUCAAAAGAAGAGAAAAUUCAAUAGAGUUAGUUUUCCAGCCAUAGUAAUAUGUUUAUAUUUGUAAAUAUAUACUAGGAAUGUCAGCAGUUAGUGUUGAUUGGAUUGCAUAUCGUUUUCUUGAUGGCUAUAUGAACAGACUUUUAAAUUUAUUAUGGAUAAAUAUUCCAGAUUUUCUUUUUUAUAGUCUUGCUGAAAAGAAUAAAUGAUUUAUUGAUAAAUAUGCUUUACAUCUUUUGCAUGUAUGUUAUGUAUAAACACAUGCUAUUUCUUUGUAUUUUCACAUUUGGGGAAAUAAUGAUAUACUGUGUAUAUAUAUAGCCUUGCCUGUUAUUUUACAACUGAAAAUGGUUGAAAUUGCUCAAAUUAGGGACUUUGCAAUAUUUGGGAAAGUUUUUGUUUUUGCACAAUAAUGGCAGUUUUACAAACAAAGUAUGUCAGACAAGUAAUAGUUAUGACUCUCGAUGGUCAUCUAAAGACAAGAAUGUUUGUAAUGAAAAAAAAAAAAAAAAUCAUAGUCUGUACAACAUAUCAGAAGUGAGAACAUGCACUCUUUUCUUGUUAAAAGUGAUUUGAUCUUUACAGCACAGUAGUAAGGAAACCAUCACAUUUUUUUUUUCUUGUAUGUGCCAUUUUUGUGAUAUACAUUACAGCAUAAUCACUUACCCUAAUGGUUUGAAUUUCAAGUUUUUGUAAACUACAAAGUGUAUAUAGGCUCAGUGAUAUAAAUCUAAUAGAACUUUAGCAUGUUCACUGUAUAUAUAUUUUAUAACAGUAAGGUGAACUUGUAGCUAAGAAAAAUGGAAAUGAAAUGAGGAAAUAACUUUUGUUACGUAUCUGUUGUAAACAAUGACUCGGUUAUUUUUUGAAAGUUUAGAUAGUUAAAAAAAGUUCACCUUGCAGUUACUCUAAUGAGGGCCAAUUUUUCAAAAUGUACCCAUUAUUUCAUAUUUAUUACGACAUUUUUAGCAAGUGUUAACAGCUUAGAAGUGGACCAGUGUGUGAGUAGAUAUACAUGUGUAAAGGUUGUGAUAUCUGAUUUAGGCAGUUGUCGUUGAUGUCGUGUGCAUCAACUUCAUUUAUUUUAUAUUUUGUUAUAUUGUAUGUUUGUAGGUCAGAUGAAUCCCUUUUUCACUGUCUUUGGUGACGUGAUGACUUACCUGAGAUAGUUCAUUUGUUUUUUUAAAAUUGUCAGCAUUUGUUCUUUUAUUUUUUAUUAUUAUUUUUUUUUACUUUGAUGUUCAUUUUUGUUCUUAUUUUUGUUGAGUGCACUUAUUUUUGAAAGAGUACUAUUAGGAAGUUUUGUGAUGCAUGAUGCAGAUGUACCAGUAUGUUGUGAAUGCAAGAUUUACAAAAUAUAUAUAUUUGUAUGAAAAUAUGAUUAUAUGGAUAUAUACAUACAAUUCUCUGGAUGGAUGGAUCAAAGGAUGGACAGAUAGCUUUGCAAAUAAAACACUAGUAUUUUUGUGCACUGUGUUUGUCUUUUUAAUUCAGUUUCUUUCGUCACAACUUGUAACUAAAAUGAUCCAGGUGAUAAUGAAGGCCAGUUGUGCAAUGUUGUCCAAGGUUAAUUUAAGUAUUUACUGACUGAAGUCCAUGGAAAGAAUUGUUUGAACACCUGAAAGGAAUGCCACAUAUUUUGGAGCAGGAAGGUUGAGUGUGUAAGAACCAUAAUAUUGAAUAGGCCUCUUUCUGAGAUCUUGUUGUAUGAUCUCUUUUAUGUGACUACUGUUUUUUUUUUUUUUUUUUUGUAAUCAUUUCUAUAUUUAGUCUUCAUUUACCUCAGGUUAUUUUGACAGUAAUCUGUGUUUGUUUAUAUAUAUAUAUAUAUAUAUAUAUAUAUAUAUAUAUAUAUAUAUAUAAUGUGAAUAAUUUGUAUGUAUGUAUGUAUGCCUGAGUAUUCAUGCUAUAUUUUCACCAUGAUUGCAUUAUAUUGUAUGUAAUGUGUCAAUAAAUGUAAGAUUAGUAAACUGCUUAUGACUCCAUACCUUUUUAAAGCUUAGUUCCUCUAUGAAGUCUUUAAUCGAUCCCUCACAUCCAUUAGGAACUUAUCAAGAAGGUUUACUAUGUAAUUAUUUAUAUAUUUAUCUAUGUAAAUUAGUGUCAAAGGCAAAAAAUAUUUGCAGCUCACUGUGCUAAUGUAAUGGCAGAAGGCAAGCAAGGGUCAUCUUGUUUUCUUUGAUUUUUCUGAAUGAGAAAAAAAUUUGGCCUGAAUGGGAUGAACUUUAGCACCAAAAAGAUGCACUUGAAAUUAUGCUUGAUCAGGUGAGAACAUAGUGAGACCGGACAAGCUGUAACAAUAUUCCCUCUAAAUGUCAAAAAAUCAUUGGGAUGUUUUCAAGUCUCAUUAUAUGGGCUGUGAGUUCAAGAAAUGCAAUUAAUUUGGGGGAGGCGGGGUUAAUUGUAUUUAGAGUAGACAAGCAAUUGUUUAGUGCACUGAUGUACCACCACAGUGCUUAUCUUAUAAUGACUUGUGGUUUUAGAGGUUAAGGUAUAAGAAAGGUAAGUGCUAUAAAUAGAAAGAUGGAGGAACUGAUGAUUAUAAAGGAAUUGUGGAAAAGUAUAUAAUGUAUAUCAAGGAAUGUAACCCUUUCUCUUUCACAGACUCUAUUCAACCACCAAAUUUGGUAAACCCCCAGAGGUACUGGUUAAAUGAACUAAAUAUCCUACUGAAUUAUAUCUUCAUUAUCUAAUUCAUUUUACUUUUCCUCUAGAAUUUAUUCUGCUUUCUGAUACAUUUGAAUAGGUAUUACUGGCAGUUAUUAACAAAAUGUUGUUGCUUGUGGUGUCUAGAUUGCUUUAAAAUCAGUUCAAUAAACUAAGAUAUAUUCUUUAAAGUGGGUAAGCUUUUCCAUAAAGUUAUUUUUUGGUGAGCUUUUAACUGCCUAUAGGUAAGAUGGACAAGAAAUGUUAGCCUUUUUAUAGUUCUACAAUGAUAUUACACUUAAUGGCUGACUGUUCCAGUAGGCUAUGGUAUCUGAGCAUUGAUCUGGUACUGUGAAUGAUAGGACCCCCAACUGUUCCUAGCAAACAAGGGAAGGUGGUGACCUAGAGAAUCUGCAGGUUGAAACUACUCAUUUCCAGAGGUGUACAUUAUUAUUAUCAUUAUUAUUAUAAUUAUGAUGUUAUAACCAGGAAUGCAAUAUUGACUGUUUAUCUUUAUUUCUAUUAGAUUUGAUGUUAGUAUAUUUUUGUAUUUUCACAUUGGUGACCUCAUCAAAGAAAUACCCUAAAAAUUGGACCAACUAUUAAGUAACUACGUCCACAGGGUCAUUUAAAAAUUGGACAACUGAUGCCACCUUUAGAGCUUGUCAGAAUUUUAAAGCUGUUGGCAUGAGAUUUCAGUCUACUUGAACUAAAUGAACCUCAUUGUUAACAACUAUUUGACAUUUGUGCCGAUAGCAAGCCUGCUAGCCAAGCACUGAUGUUGUAAAUAAUAAAAUGCCAAUUUGA